CAUUCCGAUCCAAGCAGACCCAUCCUGGAUUCCAUGUCUUCCAGUAGCGGUAACUACUCCACCAUCGAUAAAAACAACAGAGCCAAUGACGUAAAGGACAGAUUGAACUCCAACCCAGUCUCGCCAGCGGCGAGCGCACGGGCGUCGGGGACAAUGUAUUCGUACGAGGAGCUAGGCAGUGGGCUGACAUGUCCGACGUGUCAAGGAACGGGGAAGAUCCCCAGAGGGCAGGAAGAUGAUCUUGUAGCUCUUAUUCCAUACAAUGACAAGCGGCUGAAACCCCGAAGAACCUGGCUCUAUGUCUUUCUCUCGUUCCUGCUGUGCGUUGUUCUCGCCGGAACCCUGUGUGCCUUCCUCAUACCACGGACAGUAGACGUCGUUCACGACAACGUCACCACCCUCCACGUCGAUCUGAACGUGUCGACGUCCCAUGAACAUGACACCUGCGCACUGGAAUUGAUGUUAUUUUACAACAUCACCAAUAACAAUUUUGUGUCGGUGACCACAAAUGACAUUCAACUGCAAGUCACUGUCCUGUUCCACAACAAGAUCAUUACGACCGAGAAAUUUGUCAAGAAUGAAGCGGUACCCAUCAGAGCCACGGAACUGCUUAAACAACCCGUUAACAUGACGUUGACAAACCAGUACUUCCCUGUCAAGUACUGCAGUCCAAUACAAACACGCGAUAGUUUCAUAUACAUGAUGUUCCAGUCGACCUUCAACUUUACUCUCAUGACACGGACGGAUCAGCAAGUAAUCACUGCGUAUUUCCGUGUCAACUGCAAUCCGGACCAGGCCGUGGACGGAGACGGGUUUCCGAUCCUACAGUCGAUCGGCAAGGAGGAAUAUCCCGGAGUUGUCGAUUGGGAAUAAUUAUUCCGAGAAUCAAACUCAAAUGAGGCCCAAAUCAAGGACGGUCCGGAAUUUAUUUUGAUUAUUCCUUUUUUUUUAUUAAAAGAGUAAAGCAAGCUUGUUUAUAGGAAAGUAUCCCUAUAUGGGAAUUUAGUAUUCCAAGAUUGCCACCUUGACAUUCCCGAAUGGAAACCUGGCAUUCCCGUAUGGAAAUCUGGUAUUCCCAUAUAGGAAUCUGGCAUUCCCUCAUUGAUACCUGAUAUUUCUUUACCAGCAUUUCGAUAAAUGGAACUGGUAUUCCAUAAUGGAAACCUGGUAUUCCCAUAUAGGAAUCUGGCAUUCCCACAUUGAUACCUGAUAUUUCUAUACCAGCAUUUCGAUAAAUGGAACUGGUAUUCCAUAAUGGAAUCCUGGUAUUCCCAUAUAGGAAUCUGGCAUUCCCUCAUGGAAACCUGGCAUUCCCAUAUGGAAAUAUGGUAUUCCCAUAUAGGAAUCUGGCAUUCCGUCAUAAAAACCUGGUAUUCCCAUAUGGAAACCUGAUAUUCAGAUAUAGGAAUCUGGCACUCCUAAAUGGGAACCUGGCAUUCCCAUGUAGGAAUCUGGCAUUCCUAUAUGGAAACCUGGCAUUCCCAAAUGGAAACCUGGUAUUUCCAUAUGGAAACCUGGCAUUCCCAAAUGGAAUCCUGAUAUUCAGAUAUAGGAAUUUGGCACUCCUAAAUGGGAACCUGGCAUUCCUACAUGGGAACAUGAUAUUCGGAUAUAGGAAUCUGGAACUCUUAAAUGGGAACCUGGCAUUCCUAUAUGGGAACCUGAUAUUCAGAUAUAGGAAUCUGGCAUUCCUAUAUGGGAACCUGGCAUUCCUAUAUGGGAACUGGCAUUCCUAUAUGGGAACAUGAUAUUCGGAUAUAGGAAUCUGGCACUCCUAUAUGGGAACUGGCAUUCCUAUAUGGGAACCUGAUAUUCAGAUAUAGGAAUCUGGCAUUCCUAUAUGGGAACUGGCAUUCCUAUAUGGGAACCUGAUAUUCAGAUAUAGGAAUCUGGCAUUCCUAUAUGGGAACUGGCAUUCCUAUAUGGGAACCUGAUACUCAGAUAUAGGAAUCUGGCAUUCCUAAAUGGGAAAUGUGCAUUCCUAUAUGGGAACCUGAUAUUCAGAUAUCUGGCACUCCUAACUAGGAACCUGGCGUUCCUUUAUUGGAACCCGGCAUUCCCAGGCUGUUUCAUAUUGGGAUCAGUGCUCCAAGUGUGCUAAGUUUAGAAAAAAGUCCCUUGAAGAACUAUGCAGCGAGUUGUACAAGUUCAUUCUGCGAAGAUUUGGGGGGGGGGGGUGGG